AUGAAUACACAGAUAGAUUUUAACAAGUUUGAACUGCAGAAUGUUGAAAAUGGAAACGAAAUAACAAGAACACACCUCAACGCUAACGAAUGCGUUAUUGUAUGGUUGGAAGUGCCAGUGAAGAGCAAUGAUAUUGAUAUCUUUUCUGAAUUGAAAAUAUUUUAUGAUCGAGAUGAAUGCAUUGAUUAUAUAACAACAGACAGUAAUGAUCACUAUGACCGCAUUACAAAACGGGUGUUACUGGUCACUUCCAAAGAAGCUGCUGGUACACUUGUUCCACUCAUUUAUCAGUUAAAGCAAAUUACAUCGAUUUAUAUUUUUGACGAUACAGCAGAAGACAAGAGUAAUACCAUAGAAAAGAACAAACCUAUUCAACCAAGGAUUCUAACGACCUGCCAAAAAAUACGUGGCGAAUAUUGUGACAAAAACUUGUUGUGUAAACAGAUAUCCGACGAUUUUACUCAAUUUGAACAAUAUCAUUUACCGUUCGCUGUUUGUUCACCAUCGAUCUACAAAGAAACAUCAACACAAAGUCUAAAACAAGAAUCAGCUACAUUCAUGUGGUCGUAUCUUCUAAUUCAUGCACUGACAAAAAUGCAUUCUGUAAGAGCCAAAGUAGAUAUGUUAGAAGAAUGUCGUCAAUGCUACGCCGAUAAUCCUGCCGGACUUCAAAAAAUUGAUGAAUUUGAAAAAGAUUAUGAUCGGUCCGCUGCUCUCUGGUGGUAUACUCGUGACAGUUUUGUGUAUCGUUUACUGAACAAGGCAUUCCGACUGAAAAAUAUUGAUAUAAUUUUCAAGUUUCGAUUUAUUAUUACUGAUCUUAUCGAGCAAUUACGAACGCUUCAAACAGAGACCCAUCCGAUAUCGAGUUCAUCUUCUAUUCUUUCUGUCUAUCGUGGUCAGUACAUGGCAAUAGAAGAAAUCGACUGUUUAAAAGAAAAUAUUGGCGGACGCAUAACCCUCAACACAUUUUCAUCGACCAGUAUCGAUGCUCAGACUGCUCGAAGUUUUAUUUUUGAUUCAAUUAAUUCUGAAGGAGAUCAUGCUGUAUUAUUUGAAAUUACGAUUGAUACAAAACUGUCUAUAACAAGUCCGUAUGCUAAAAUUUCAAGUGUUAGUGCGAUGCCUGAUGAAUGUGAAGUAUUGUUAUCCGUUGGAAUGAUAUUAUGCAUUAAUUCAGUUGAAAAGCAACAGUUGGGUGAAAGUGACUAUUGGUUGAUCAAAUUACAACUUCAAAAUGAUGAAGUAUUAUCAAUCAAACAGUUAUUGGAUUCAUUCAAAAGUGAUAUUGAUAAACAAGAAUCAGAUUUAAUCAUAUUCAGUAACGUUCUAUGGCACAUGGGUGAUUAUGAUCGAGCGGAAAAAUAUUCAAAAAGUUUGUUAAACGAAUUAGAAACAAACGAUUCAUACAGAGCAAAUGUGUAUAAUAUGUUGGGUUUAAUUUAUGCAGAAAAAUCAUUGUAUGACGAAGCUGUUGAGGCUUACAACACAUCAAUUGACAUUCGUCGUCAAACACAGAGUGAGGAUGAUCACAUUGAUUUUGCACCCGUGUAUAGUAAUUUAGGAUGUGUGUGUACUUUGAAACAAAACUAUAUAGAAGCUUUAAACUUUUAUCAAAAAGCCUUCGAUUUAGGACAAAGAAAUUUGCCAGAAAACGACUUACAAUUGUCGACAUAUAUUAUGAAUAUAGCACUGGCUUACGAUAAUCUUAAUGAUUAUGAAAAGUCAUUGAAAUUUUAUAAGAAAGCUCUAGAAAUCUUACUUACACAUAUUCAAUUUGAUCAUCCAUCAAUCGCUGCAAUUUACAAUAAUAUCGCUUCGAUUUACCGAAAACUUUGUGAUUAUGAGCGAUCAAUGGAAUAUCAACAAAUAGCUCAUAUGAUAUGGACAAAAACAUUGCCACCAUUUCAUUCGAGUGUAGUACAAUCUCACGAUAAUUUAGGAACAGUUUAUGCUUCACUUUUAAAGUAUGAUGAAGCAUUAAAACAUUUUCAUUUAGCAUUGAAAAUACUUGAGAAUCAUCAUAGCCAUGUUAAUGAGAAUGCUUUAGUUGCAUCCUGCAUUAAUAAUAUUGCCACCAUUUAUUUAACUGAAGAAAAAUUUGAACAAGCGUUGACGUAUUUUGAAAAAGCUUUAGAAAUCUAUAAGCGGUAUAAACAAAAUGCGUCUAUAGCUACAAUUUACGAUAAUAUCGGUACUCUAUAUUCAAAUAUUAGUGACUUUUCAAAAGCAAUUGAAAAUUAUUCAAAAUCAAUAGAAUUUCACAUGUUGCAACUUCCCGAUAUCGAUAAAUGUUCAUUAGCACAAACCUUUGAUCAUGUUGGAUUAAUUCAAUUUCACUUAGGGAUGUACGGCGAAGCUUUACAGAGUUUUCAAUCAGCAUCAGACUUGGUUGAUUGUGUAUUACCAUCAGAUCAUCCAUCGGUUGUGGAGUAUAGAAAUCAUAUUGAAAUGACAAAUGAUCAGGUACUGUUAUAA